AUGAAUGGGGAAGUGAAUGCUGGCAGGGGGGGCACUUCCCGAAGGAGCACAGGCACAGAUGAUGCUGCAAGAGGAGGAAUAGACCAUCAAGUGCUGCCAUUUGAGACGUACGAUUCUGCAAGAGCCAAAGUGGCUGCAAACCUGUACUGGUUAUUUGCCAAAGCCUUUGGUCCAGAAGACAUUCCUUCAGAUCUUCAAGACCCAUUUUACACCGACCAGUAUGAGCAGGAACAUAUUAAGCCUCUUAUCACACAUCUAUUGCUGUCUGCUGAGCUCUACUGCAGAGUUUGUGAUGUCCCUUUUCAACCAACUCCCCUUCAAAGCCACAAGUCUGUCAUUCAGGCAUUAUCCAGAAAGGGCUUAUAUAUCCUGGAUGACAACGAGGCUCUGGUCUCUGAAAUGGACCUUACUUCAACUCCAAUUAAAAUGAGUUUUCAUAUUCAGCUCAUUGAUACCUUGAUGACAGCUUACACUGAGGAAAUGAUAAGCAUUGAAAAGGUGGUGUCUACUGUGAAAUACUUUGUGGAAAGCAGUGACACCAUGAUGUUGCCUUUGGACUUGGAAGAUGCUAUGAUGUUUUGGAUAAAUAAGGUGAUCAUGAGAGGAUUCACCCAAAAAGAGCCAAAAAAUAAGCAUUUCCUGGAAUCCCCUUGUCAUCAGAAGUGUCCCUCCAAAUGGUAUUGGAAACUUUUACCUGUACGUUACCGCAAGGAUCAGCAUUCUGGACAUCCUCAUCCAUAUUUACCCAUCUUAGACAACUUGUCAAGUUUUGUCUGUGUUGGUACUUCUCUGCUAGCUGUAGUCCACUUCUAUUGCCCUGAGCUGAUGAGGCUAGAAGACAUCUGUCUCAAAGAGGUUCCCUCCACUGCUGAGAGUUUGUCAAAUAUUCAGCUCUUGAUGGACUUCUCAGAUGAAUUUCUGAACAAAUGUGUCUACCUCAGGCCUGAGGACAUGCUAUAUUCUCCUCCUGUGUUGAAGAUUAACAUUAUGCAGAUUAUUGCUGAAUUGUUUUGGAUUUUUGAAGUUGUGAAGCCUGACUUUAUGGAGCCUCAAGACCUUCAUGAGAACAAAUAUGGGCAGAAAAAUAGGUCCAGCUCACUCAGCUAUGAACAGGAUACUAGAGACGUUGUAUGGCUAAGGAAAAGACAGAGGCCUUUAUCCCAAACGGUGCCUUAUGCUCUACACUUUCCCAUGAAGGAAGAUGCUGAUAGUAUUAGCCUUCCCCACACAAUGAGUAAAGACAGUUUAUCAUCCAAUUUCAUAAGCACAGCCCCAAGACACAUGCUGGGGUCCGGACAUCCCCGCAAACUGAGUCGUUGUAACUUGUUAAAUUAUAUCCGUUUUGAAGAUGAGGAGGAAGAAAUAGAGGAAGAGGAGUUGGUGGCCAUUAUCAAUCCAACUACACUGUCUCGCUACCAUCAUCAGAGUGAAACAGAGCACCGGGUAUUUCAUUCAUUGAGUCCUUCCAGAACAAAUAAUGCACAUGGCUCUCUUGGUUUGGAUAGAUACCCUAUUUCCACAGAGCGAUCAGUGGACAAAUAUUUUCUGGAGCCUUUAAUUCCUGCAGUUCCAAAGCCAGCCAAAGAAAAGAGUGUCCUUGUGAAUAAGGAAGAGGAGUGUGGUGAGUCUGGCUUGAAAGGAUCAUUAACUGUGAGAAUAAGUCCUCCCAGUGGCUCAUGUGCUCCUCACAGACCAACAUUGCUCUGUGAGUCAAAAUCUAGCUCCAGUGCUGGUAUUUCCCUGAGAGCUGUCACACAGGGCUACACGGAUACUACUGACCAACAUAGCACGAAAGAAUCUGAUGGAUUUUUUCUUCACUUUUCAGAAGCUCCAAAAGAUGAUAGUCCGUUGUCUUCAUUGGAGGCCAGUAAUGUCUCUGACACAGAAUCCUUCACUGAAGACAAUGAGGAUGAGCUGCAGUUGGAUGAAAACAUAGGAUAUAAAAGGAGGUAUUACAUAAAGGAGCAGAGCAACUUCGGAGAAGGAGAAUCCAUCAAGCUGGGAGAGGACCAAAAAGUGAGCGAGUGUGAUGAUAAAGAGGACCAUAGUGGAUGCUUGAGUCCAUGUCACAGCUCUGGGUCCUGGUCAAGCAGCAGCACUGGUGUCAAAAUGACAAGCUUUGCAGAAAAGAAACUGCUGAAACUUGGACUACAUGGUGGACUUCCCAGUACUAACAGCACACCAAGGACCACACCAGAUGACUCAGAGGCUUCCCCAUGUCCACCCUGGCAACUGAAAAACACCGAGAACACUUACUCAGUUGAUAAAGAGACCUGCAAAGAGUCCAGAAACAUUACAGUGAAUGCCCUUUUAAGCCCCAGCUCUGUAGUGCCAGUAGAACUGCUUGAACUUCACAUGCAGCUGGAGGAAAGGAGACAUGCUAUUGAGUGUCAAAAAAAGAAGAUGGAGACUCUGUCAGCACAACAACGACUUAAGUUGGGAAAAGCAGCAUUUUUAAACAUUGUCAAAAAGGAACAAGGGAGGAGUGACACACUCCCAUUGCCCAUAAAACAGGGAUCAUUAGAGCUAAUGGCUGCCAAUCAAAGAGAAGUAAAAUUACAGACCUGUAAAGAUGAUUCUUGUCUAGAAGAUUUAAAAAUUAAGACUAAAUUAAAUGAGGGAGCACCACUGAUAAGAAAUAAUGAAGUGUGUCAGGACUCAGGACAGUGUUUGCACUCAAUAGAAGUACUUAAUGAAGCAAUUUCUUCAAUACAGCAGCAAAUAAUGCAAUUGUCCCUACAACAAGAUAUAUUGAUUAAACAUCGCUCUGUGCUUCCUCCCAAAUUUCAAACAGAUGUAAGCACCACUCCCUGCGUUACAGCCAUGACAUACCACACUAAAAAGUCCAAAGCAUUUGUUGUUAACUUUCAAAAUAAUGAUGACAGCAACUCAGCGUCUUUGCGAUGUCCACCCAAACUUAGCUCCAGUCAGCACAAAGCCUCCAAUCAAAAACAGAAAACAGAGAAAACAUGUCCAGUCCUAGAUAAAAAAUAUGAAGAAGAAAUAAGAGAGGUACUUGAGAAAUGUAAAACUGAACAAGACAUAGUAAAAAACUCGUCCUUGAGCAUUUGUAAUGAACAACAAUGUGUUAAACUCAAAACAGGACAUUUGCCAAUUGCAUCACAGUCUCCAGUCAACUCAAGAAAUCCUGCAGUUGGACAAGAUCAAAACAGCAAGUCAGAAAUUCAAACACUUGAUUCAGAGAAAGAAGCUACUGUUGUGGACAACAGUGCCAGGAUAAAGGCACAUCUUAUUGAGGUUGACCUGUCGGAGAUUACAGAAUCCACAGAGCAGAAUUCUGCUGAUGUGGAAAUUGAACAGAAGAAUGUGCUGGGAUUCUUUUUUAAGGAUGAAGAGAGAGCAGAUGAAAUGGCUAAGCGUCGAGCUGCCUUUCUCAUUAAACAGCAGCGUAAAGCUGAAGAGGCAAAACUUCGAAAACAACAACAAGAAGUUGAAAGUGAACUAAAGCGUGAUGAAGCAAGGCGCAAAGCAGAAGAGGAGCGUAUUCGUAAGGAAGAGGAAAAGGCCAGACGGGAGAUUAUUAAACAGGAAUAUCUGAGGAGGAAGCAGGAAAUGCUCAUGGAAGAACAGGGUCUGGUCAAGUCUUUGCCAAGGACAAGGUCCCGUAAAAGCAAACCUAAGUCUCUUCAUAGAGGAUCAAGCAGCCUCUCUAAAGGAGCCACCACCACAUCCGACCUGGGAGGUAGUCAUCAUGGAUCCACGCGCUCAUUGGCCACAGAGGUUGAAAGUAUAGUUUCUCUGGAGUCUCACUGUGCUGAGUUAGUCUGCUCAGUGGAAUCUUUCCCUGUCCUGAGCAGGGCAUCAAGCAGGAAUAUGGAGAGAGACUGGGAAAUUGGCUCCAUAACCUCUUCCAUCACUUCAACAGAGUAUACAGGUCCAAAACUAUUCAAAGAACCAUGCUCUAAAUCAAAUAAGCCAAUCAUCAUAAAUGCGAUUGCUCACUGCUGCUUGGCUGGCAAAGUCAAUGAGACCCAGAAGAAUGGAAUUCUUGAGGAGCUGGACAAGUGUGACUCCAACCACUUGAUCAUUCUGUUUCGAGAUGGUGGGUGCCAAUUCCGAGCCAUCUAUGCAUACUCUCCAGACACUGAAGAGAUUACCAAAGUCACUGGCACUGGGCCACGCAACAUCAGCCAUAAAAUGAUUGAUAAACUGUACAAGUAUAGUUCUGACAGAAAACAGUUCAGUGUCAUCCCUGCCAAGUCAGUUUCUGUCAGUGUGGACGCACUGACCAUUCACAAUCACCUAUGGCACAUUAGAAGACCAGGGAGUGCACGCAGGAAGUGA